CAAACUCUACGGCUACUGAAUCGGGAGGAGCUUUUAUUCCGAAGGCGCUGUCAGGGCGUGAAUCUGAUUUUCGUUAUAGCAUUCGCAACAUUUAUUGCGAUAGUGUUUUUUAUAUUUGCAAAACGGCAAAUUACAAGAUUUGCAUUGAAGUCAAGAAAAGGUCCACAUGUACCUAUAGGCCACGAUGCUCCAAAGAGCCUCCAAGAUGAAAUACUGAGAAGGAUAAAUAGAAUACAAGAUAUUAGAUACGAGCCAUCGAACAUCCUAGCCAACAUUAUUGAACAUGCAACAGAUGGGGAAAACUUGGAAGAGUACCACUUCUACUACCGAAUGAAGGCAGUUGACUCCAUCAUCUUGCUAGAUAAAGAGCUGGCCGACUAUAAUGCCAAGAUCAAGCGCCUUCCAGGUCAGAGCAUGCUAACGUUCCUCUGUGGCCUGCAAAAGGAUGUGCUUAAGAAGGCCAACCCGGAAUUGCUAAGAAGGUUUGCGAAGGCAUACGAGGAUGCUCGUUAUGAUCCUGCAGAAUUUGGUACUAAAGAAUACAGGGAGUAUUCUGAUUUGCUGAAAGAAAUUCUUAUAUGCGUGAAGAGCAUUCGCUACAAGCCAAAGUCGAGUGUCAGUGAAGACGACAGCCUGCUGUCUCCGAAGCAGCCUCCGCGGAGCAGUCCUGCUGGUCAGUCGUAUGCCUCGCUCGCGCAGCGCAGCGUGCCUGGUGCCUCCGCCCGCACGGCCAGCGCCGCCUCAGGCAAGACGCCCAACUACGAGAUACUCGGCCGGAGGAGCGUGCUCACUGGCGCUUCAUCCACAGCAUCCGGCAAGAGCACGGGAAGCCAGCCGCUGCUGCUGAUGGACAGGGAUGAUGACGACGAUGAUAGUGAUCGUGAUGAUGAAGUGCUGGCUAUGAGAGAGGAAAUGAGAAGUGAAACAGCUGUUUAACUUAUGACUGCUGUUUGUUUGAGACUGGAUAAUUUCUGAAAUUGGCGUUUACCCGAGACUGCUGUCGAAUUGAUACUGCUGCCCAAUGAGUCUGUUGUCUAAUUAAUCCGUGUGUGGAAGGCGAGGAAAAAUAUAUUCGUUUCCAGUGUUUGGCCAAAACAGCAGUAACCGGAUAGAUGUGAGCAUGAUGAAAAUAUAUGAAACUACAAACUUGUGCUUUGUAAAUACGUUAGUAUUUGAUAUAGUACUCAGUAUAAUAACUUAAUAGGCAGUUGACGUAAUCAGAUUGACUUUUCAGUGCUAUUAACCAAUAACCAUAACCUAAGUUCAUAUCCUCACUGCAUUGUAAACGAGGUUACUCUAAAUGCGAAUGAAAUCAGUGUGCAGAUUUUUCAAGUGUCAAUGUUUCUAGUAUCUAGUCAUUUAUAGCGUAGUCUGUACAUAUUCGAUUAUUAUUGACACACGUAGAGUUGUAAUGUAUAUAUCACUUUUGUGUGCACUUAGCGAGUAUUCUUGCCUUGUGGCAUAUGUGCAAUUGUCUAGACUCUAACCUCUAAUUGGGGGAAUAGUCAACUUGUGCAAAAUGAUGCAUGCAGAAAUAUUAGUUACACUUGGGGGGCUUGCUGAUGACCAAUACAGAUUGUGAAGAUGACCUAUAGACCGUUUUACUACUUCGACGUGUGCUGAACAUGAAAUGUUUUCUCAAGUUGUUGAGUGAGUAUGCAUGCCAAGCAAAAGCUGACUGAGUCCAGGCGAAGAAGGCUAUAUAUAGUGGAACUACUUGAUGGGGGGGAUAACUUCCAUCCUAUUCAUUGUUAUUACAAGCAGGUAUGAAUUAAAUAUAAUUCAAUUUCUUCUCGCAUCUUUUAUUAAUAAACUUCUACCAACACAUAA